CUUCACUUAUAAAACAGAUAUAGACUUCACUGCUUAAUUCCUGCUUCCUCUUAUCUAUUAUCAUCUGACUGUAGGAUGGACCUUUCCCUCCUUGUCCUCCUAGGAACCUAUGGGAAAACCUAGGUCACAUACAGGAAUUGGGGAUAGUGCUCAGAUUUUAGGGCACUGAAUAAGAAAACACAUCAAGGGACAGAGAAAUGAGAGACCUUAGGAGUACAGUGAGAGCAUUGGCUUUGUGUAGACACAGGAGAGGAUUACUGGAUCUAUCUAGGUGGGUCCCCUGGUGACAGUAGAGAUGGACAGUGAAAUUUGGGUCAUGUAAUGGUUGGACUAUGGCUUAAGUUUUUAGAGGAUCUGUCAAAAAUCAAUAUAUAAAUUACUUUUCAUUUUUUGAGCACCUAAAAUGUAGUGCAAACUUAGCUGUUUUGGGUGUGGGAGAAGGCUAGAAAAAGAUGAAGUGGUGAAUGAGCAUCUUGGUAGCUAGGGCACAAGGGCAUGAGUAGUCUCCAGGGAUCUGGCUAAUUGUGAUGUUACUUCUUUUUGGCCAGUGUUUGUCCAGCAUGAUGCUGCUCAGCUUUACCUUACAGUCUGGAACCUAAUUAAGGACCAAAUCACUGACAUGGACUUGGUAGAUAGGUUGCAGGCCUUGUACAUGAUCCGGAUGAAGGAGUCCUUGAUUUGUCUAGACUGUGCCAAGGAGAGUAGCAGAAACAGUAGCAUGCUUACUCUCCCUCUUUGUCUUUUUGAUAUGGACUCAAAGCCCCUGCAAACACUGGAGGAUGCCCUACGCUGUUUCUUCCAGCCCAGGGUGUUAUCCAGCAAGUGCUUCUGUGAGAACUGUGGGAAGAGGACACAUAGCAAACAGGACUUGAAGCUGACCCAUUUGCCCCAGACCUUGACCAUCCACCUCAUGCGAUUCUCCAUCAAGAAUUCACGGACAGAAAAGAUCUGCCACUCACUGUAUUUCCCCCAGAGCUUAGAUUUCAAUCAGGUUCUUUCAAAUGAGCAAGUCCUCGGUGAUGCCAAGGAACAGUCUGAAGGGCAGUUUGAACUCUUUGCUGUGAUUGCCCAUGUGGGGAUUGCUGACUUGGGUCAUUACUGUGCCUAUAUCCGGAAUUCUGUGGAUGGAAGAUGGUUUUGCUUCAACGACUCCCAUGUUUCUUGGGUGUCCUGGGAAGACAUCCAGUGUACCUAUGGAAAUCGUAAUUAUCGCUGGCAGGAAACAGCAUAUCUUCUGGUUUACAUGAAGACUGAGUCCUAAUGGAUAUUUAUUCUAUAUCUUCAGAGAUUGACAGACUAUCAUUUUCCUUUCCUAUUCUUGGAUCUAUUGACUCUUGUAUGAGAUUCUACAAUGAAAAAAAGCAUCACUUUCCAACUGUAUAGUUACAUGUUAUUUAUAAUCAGGUGGGGAUUAUGUUUUGGAUCUGGUUUGUCUUUCAAAGGUUCAUGUGCUGGAGACUUGGCCAAACAUGGCAGUGUUGAGGUGGUGGAAACUUUUUAAGGGGUGGGGCCUGGUGGGAGGUAAGUAAGUUCAUUGUUUUUCCCCUUCUUCAUGAUGAUGGUUCCCUUUCACUUCUCAACCAUGUUCUGAUUGCCAGCUUGUUGGCAUCAUGCUGAUAAGACCUUCCAGUCACCAGAAUGUGAGCCAAAUAAAUGUAUUUACAAAGUA